CGGCCUCAGAACCGGCUAGGACGAUUACAACAGUUUAAUAAAAAUGAAGUACAUUUUGGUCUCGAGGACAGAUAAUCAACAGAACCUUAGAAAAGGUAUUAAUUACAUAGGAGAGAAGAAGGAAGGGUCUAAUAUGAUACAGAAUUAGUUUCUUUUCACAAAUUGAAAUUAUUUCGUGGGAGGAGUUACGUCUUUGGGAUAUGCAUGUCGAAAUAGCAAAGAUAAUAGAAUAUGUGCAAGAUUCGUACGAAAGGGUCAACAAAUCAGAGGUGGUACUGGUGCUAGUUUAUUUGGAUUGAGACGAAAAUAAAUUAAUAUGUCACGUAACCAGUUAUUAAAAUGCACGGCAUCACAAUUCUUGUAGUCCCUGUAACAAGCGAUAGUGCUUGUUAUAUUACAGUGGUGGAGCGUAAUUUUGAGAAGCAGUAAAAACUCACGUAUCAAAGAUUGACUCUGCGUGGGAUUGGGCUGCCCAGCCGCCCUUGCGCCUCCAUCUAGCCCAACAAGCUCGCAGCAGCAGGAUGGGUGAAAUGGUGAUAGGAGAACGUCCACCGUCUCCUGCUCGCUUAGCACAUACUUCAGAAAAACACCCAAGAGUUACUCUGACGGAGUUAAAUGUACUGCGAAGGCACCGUGAACUCUGUGAUGUGGUUCUCAAUGUUGGCACCCGCAAGAUCUUUGCUCACAGAGUAAUACUGUCGGCAUGCAGUCCUUAUUUUCGAGCUAUGUUUACUGGGGAGCUGGCAGAGUCGCGUCAGACAGAAGUUACUAUCAGAGAUAUAGACGAGCUGGCAAUGGAGCUGCUGAUUGAUUUUUGUUACACGUCUCACAUUGUGGUUGAAGAAGGAAAUGUGCAGACCCUCCUUCCUGCCGCCUGCUUGCUGCAGUUGGCCGAAAUACAGGAUAUAUGUUGCGAGUUCCUAAAACGUCAGCUGGAUCCAUCGAAUUGUUUGGGUAUUCGUGCAUUUGCUGACACGCAUUCAUGCCGAGAAUUGUUAAGGAUAGCCGAUAAGUUUACUCAACAUAAUUUUCAGGAGGUAAUGGAAAGUGAAGAAUUUUUACUGUUGCCCGUUGGUCAACUAGUAGAUAUUAUUUCAAGUGAUGAACUGAAUGUGAGAUCAGAAGAGCAAGUAUUUAGUGCUGUUAUGGCUUGGGUGAAGUAUAAUGUCUCAGAAAGGAGGCAGCACUUAGCACAGGUAUUGCAACAUGUUCGACUUCCUCUUCUAAGUCCAAAAUUUUUAGUUGGAACUGUGGGUUCUGAUCUCCUCGUACGAAGUGAUGAGGCAUGCAGAGAUCUUGUUGAUGAGGCCAAAAACUACCUCCUCCUCCCUCAAGAAAGGCCAUUAAUGCAGGGUCCAAGAACAAGACCAAGGAAACCCACAAGGCGUGGUGAAGUUCUUUUUGCAGUUGGAGGAUGGUGCAGUGGGGAUGCAAUAGCUUCCGUGGAACGGUUUGAUCCUCAAUCAGCCGACUGGAAAAUGGUUGCACCAAUGAGUAAACGAAGAUGUGGUGUUGGUGUUGCUGUACUAAACGAUUUACUGUACGCAGUUGGUGGCCAUGAUGGGCAGUCCUACCUGAACAGCAUAGAAAGAUAUGACCCCCAGACAAAUCAGUGGUCUUGCGAUGUGGCCCCUACAACAUCAUGUCGCACAAGUGUAGGAGUAGCAGUACUGGAUGGCUUUUUGUAUGCAGUUGGAGGGCAAGAUGGAGUACAGUGUCUCAAUCAUGUAGAAAGAUAUGACCCAAAAGAAAACAAAUGGAGUAAAGUUGCACCUAUGACCACACGGCGACUAGGUGUUGCAGUAGCUGUUCUUGGAGGUUUUCUUUAUGCUAUUGGAGGGUCAGAUGGCCAGUGUCCGCUUAAUACAGUGGAGCGCUACGACCCUAGGCAGAACAAGUGGUCGCCUGUGUCCCCCAUGUCAACACGACGCAAGCACUUGGGCUGUGCCGUGUUUAACAAUCUCAUAUAUGCUGUUGGGGGCAGAGACGACUGCAUGGAGCUGUCCAGCGCCGAGCGGUAUAAUCCACACUCAAACACAUGGAGCCCAAUUGUUGCUAUGACAUCGCGAAGAAGUGGGGUUGGAUUAGCUGUCGUAAAUGGACAGCUGUAUGCUGUGGGAGGUUUUGAUGGAACUGCAUAUUUGAAGACAAUAGAGGUAUAUGACACAGAGCAGAACCAGUGGAGGUUAUGUGGUGCAAUGAACUAUCGUCGUCUUGGUGGUGGAGUUGGAGUCAUGCGUGCUCCGCAGACAGAGAACUAUUUCUGUAAAAGGAAGAUACCUGGAUAGAAUUGGUCAUCAAGAUUCCUGCAGUCACUGCUGUAUGCUAUUAACUCAUCUGCUAAAUAUUUUGGAAGACCAAGGAACACAAAAGUCAAAUAGCGGUGUGUACUCUGAACAUCCAUUUUUGUAACUUCAGGUACAUAGGACAACUAAUUAUCAUACUAAUGUAUGAUUGUGGAGCAGUGCUUUUAUAUUGUUGUAUUUGCUUAGGUAAGUUUUCUAAUAGCAAUUUGAUAUCAGUAUUAUUUUUCAGUGUAUUUAUUUUGCAAUAACAUGGAAUUAUAUGUAAUUGUUGAAUGUUUAUACGACUGUCACCUUUGGUGUCAGCUUUUAUGUUUUUUGAUAAUUGUUGCCUAAGCUUUGAAGAAUGAGAAUUGUGACGUGUAAAUACAUGUGAGAUGUUUCUAAAAUUAAACAUUUCCAUUGUCAUUAAGGCGUUAGAUUGUGCCAGUUUUUGUUAGUCACAAUACUAUCUUAAAAUCCACAAUUGUUAUACAAUUUUUCAUGUAGCAUUGUUGUGUUUUCCAGGAUGCCGCUGUGGCCAUUUAUUUGAUUUAUUGGGUUAUUUAGAUCCUACCUAUCAGUACAAACAGUAAAUACAUAGUUAUUAUAUUUCAGCAUCACAACAAUUACUACUGAUGCAGGACACACCAAAGUUUUUACUGACAUUUAGUUUUAUAUGUAAAUGUAAGAAACUAUGUAAGGCUGACAAAAUGUGUUAGAUAUCUUUAGCCACAGUCUCUUUUGUGAUUGUGGUGUGUGAAAAAUUGACAAUGAGGAAUGUAUUUUAAGGGAGGGUGGAAACUCGAUUCAGUUAUAAGUUAAGAUUUUGAUUUUGUGUAACAAGAAACUUUCUGUAACCUGUCCCUUUAGUUAGUUUAAUUUGAAACUUUAAUCUUUGUACAUUUAGAGGUGAUAUAGUAUUUGUUAAAUGACUGGCACAGAAAGAGGAAGAGGUCAUGCAACAGGAAAAAGUAGAAAAAUCAUUUUAGGAGCUCUCUACUGGUGAUUCACAAGUGUAUGUCAUAUUCUUUCCAGUUGUUUGACAGAACCGAUGAAGAACUGAUUGAUUAAAUGGAGUCAGAUAUGUUGUGUCCAAUGGGGUGUUACAGUAUAUUAACGCAGCAGUCUCUCCCACAUCUUGAUUACAAAAUUUAAUAAUUUCCAGUACACUUCUUAAUUCAUACCUCCUGCCCCUUAUGUUUCCUUUAUGCAUCUUAGAGUUUAUGCAUCUUAGGGUGGGCACAAACCUUAUCAAAUCACAGCAGUUUCCAGUGAUAACAGCUGUGGAACCUGUAGUUUGCAUGUAACCUCACAGCCACUUCCUCUGGUUCAGCCCCACUCUUUGCAGAACCAUUAUUUUUUACACAUUGCUGCCAAGCUCAAACACAUGAGUUUAUGUAACUAGGAUAAAUCAUAAAACUGUGGAUUAAUGCGGCAUUUUAAAUGAAUUAGUAAUAUGAUCAGUGAGAAGACUUAUUAAUGAUUAAGCAUUUGUACUUUUGUUUUAAGAUUGCUUUUAAAUAAUUUAAAAAUUUUCCAGUGGAAAACACUCGAGCAGCUGAAUGUAAAUAGGGGAAAUUGUAAACAGCUACAAAAUUGGCAUUCAAUAAUGUGAUAUUUCUAUGCUGGAAAGAACAUACACGAGGAUGAAAUAAGUGAGAACAGAAAACUGUUACUGGAGGAUUUGUGUUCUAUUCCAUCUGUUAACAUUAAAAUUCAGUAAAUGUUGUUAGAAGCCUGGUGUGAAAAGCUAAUCAAGCUCACAUAAAAUAAGUCACACAGUACAGCUCCCUCCCCCCCCCCCCUCCCCUCCAGUGUGCGCGCGCCCACACACAUACACACACACACAUACACAUACACACACACACACACACACACACACACACACACACACACACACACACACACACACAAGAAAUAAUGGAUGAAAGUGAAACCCUCUGACAAAGAGUAUGAAAUGUGCAGGAGUGACGCAGUUAUUAACUACAUAGUGAGAAGCAGCUGAAAAAGCCUGAGAAGUGACCGAGGAAAUAAAAUAUUUGAUACAUAUCUUGAUAAUUGAGUUAGACGUGUGCUUCAAAGAUACAUCUGAAGCAAAUAACAAUAGUCUUUAUCAGUGGAUUCAGGCCUGUGCAGACGAUGUUUUUUUGUGUUUGUUUCUUUUCCAUGUUGCUAAAUUUUACUUCAAAAAAUAUUGACUGUUUGUAUCUUCAUUGGUGGCUUAUAGGCUUUAAUAGUCACAAUUUUUUAUCACCUAUGUUGUUUACUGCCAGGUGUGUCUGGAUACACAUCUUAAGAUGAUAUUUAUGUGAAAAUUCAUGGUAUUCAUUAUUCAUUUUGGUUGUCAUACCUUGAAAAGACAAUUUUUGAAUAAUAUAUGUUGUUUAAAAAGAGCUAAAUGUACUUUUGUAUGUCUUUGAUUGGGAAACGAAAGAAUGCUAGGCAAAAUUUAGAAGGGAAAAAGUCAUUCAUUGUCAUAACAUUGAAAUGCCGUGUUCAUUCUGAUCUUGGAUUGGUAAUAUGAAUUACAGAUGUUUGUAUUUUUAAGUUUCUGGAUAGUGUAUAUUUUAUUUUUAAAAAAAUACACUCAAUUUAACGAA